UAGAAUUUAAGUGCUCGCCAGAAAUAGGUCCGUGUGGGAGCAAUAAACAAGAACUCAAGAUGGAGCCCUCUAAAGCUGGACAUCUUAUGAGCUUGGCAGCUCUGCAGAGACAAGAUCCGUACAUAAACAACCUUCUAGAUGUUACCGGCCAGGUAGCAUUAUACAAUUUCAAUUCCAAAGCAAACGAAUGGGAGAAGACAGAAAUCGAGGGCACCUUAUUUGUAUAUUCUAGGUCUGCCUUGCCUCGCCACGGCUUCACCAUCAUGAACCGUCUGAGCGCAGAGAACCUGGUGGAACCUAUCAACAAGGACCUGGAGUUCCAGUUACAGGACCCCUUCCUGCUCUACAGGAAUGCCAACUUGGGAAUUUACAGUAUCUGGUUUUACGACAAAAGCGACUGUCAACGUAUCGCACAGCUCAUGGUCAAGAUCGUGAAACUGGAAGCGGACUACGCUCAGAGCCAAUCACCGGGAGGCCCGAGACCUGGGAAGACCAAUGGGGUCGCAGAGCCGCGGCCCAUCGACAUCCUGGAGCUGCUGAGCAAAGCCAAAGAGGAGUACCACAAAGCUCAACCAGGAGAGAGCAUCACAGAGACUAAAACAAUGCCAACUGUUGUCUCCAGUCCGCGGGCCCAAAGUGCACCACAACCUGAUAAGAUUUCCCAUAUGAUCGCGAAGCAGAUCACUGUGGAGGAACUCUUCGGUUCCUCUGUCUCCAAGGACCCCUCCCUGCCCGCCAUGCCUGCCCAGAGUGUCACCCCUGGGGGUACUCCCUGCGAACCUGCCAGCCCCUCCGCCUCCUCUUACCUCCAAGGCCGGCACUAUGCCCCACCGGACCCUCUACCCCCUCCCCACCUCCCUGCACCAGACCCCAGUACCGGCCAGCGGCAGCUGGUCCCCGGCCUACUCCCGGCCCCAGCCUCUUACGGCCUCCAGCCAGGCCCCGUGCGCCACCCAGUAGGCCCUGGGUCAGACCCCCAGCCCCGCUGCUUAAUCUCCCCGCUCAUGGUGCUCCCGGUGGGGGUGGACCCUCGGCCCGCUGCCCCUGCUGCGACAGCACAGUCUUGUGCCCCGCAGGCCUACCUUGGACAUGAUGUACUGAGCACGCUCAAACCAGCGCUGCCCUCUGUGAAUGCCGACAUCCACAACAAGCCGGGGCUAGCGCCCAACUUUCUCCCUAGCAACUUGGUCCCGCCCCACAGCUUCCAGGAGUUACUAGGAAAGCCGCUUCUCCGGCCGGGAAAGGAAAUGGAGGGCUUCAGUCAAGCGCCAAAUCGGAUCAAAGCGAUGGCUGGCAGCCCAGUGAGUCAGCCGCUGGCCGGGUCGGGGCUGGGGCCCGGGCUGUCGGUGCUCCUCUCCCCCAGUGCCUUCCAGCAUUCUCCCAGUAGCAAGCCCACCGCGGACCACCCCAGGAGGUCCGCCUCGGCCUUGUCAGCGGCAGCCUCAACCGCCGCCUCCUCCUCCUCCUCCACCACCACCCUCCCGCCCCCGACGUCCACCUCUGAUCUGUCCCCGGAGGCGUACCGGAGCGCCUGCAGCAAGGCGAAGCUACAGGAGACGCUGGUGCACCUCAUUAAGACUGACCCCGCCUUCCUCAGCACCAUCCACGAGGCCUACCGACAGAGCCUGGCCAAGGACUUCUCCAACAUGGGGCUAUAGCUCCACCCCCCCCCUGUCAACAUCAAGACUCUCCAUGCUCCCACCCCAUCUGAGGGACUGAGUACCUGCCCCCAAAGAGGACCCAGACUAGAGGCUUCUGGGGAUUUGUUGUGGCCCAGAGGACCCAGAGAGCCUCCCGAGGACCUGGUUAGAUUUGUGCCCUCUACUGCUUUCCAAGAGAGAGCCCUCUCCCUCUCCCUGUCCCUCUCCCUCUCCCUCCCUGUCCGUCAUGUGAUUCUGUACCACAGCUCUCCUGCUGUGAGGUGUUGGCCUGGAGAUUAUGUCAAACAAAAUCCAAAAUGUGGAUUGUUCACCUACACCUGGUCCUCGACAACCCACCACUGACGGAAACAACUUACUCUGUUCGACCAAAUGAGUUCACCGUCAACCUUCAAACCGGCAGCUGCAGACCCUGACCCUGGCCAUGACAUCAGGUACAAGUCCAUGAUAUCAAGUACAAGGCCUUGACACCAUCAGCUUCGUGACCGGGUACAUUCGGGAGCUGUGAUACUCUCUUGACUUGGGACCGUGAGGUCUCCAAGCAGUUUUCGUCAAGGGAGCUAGAUGUGUAACUGCUUUGCCCGUGGCUCUCUCACUCUUUUCUUAUUCCUCUGUAUGUGCUGACAGGGCUGCCUUUACAUGAACUGCCGAUAGCCAUUUGUUUCUGGGGUGGAUGCCGAUGCACUGAAGAGAGUACAUGCCUAUUUGUCUCUUUUUUUUUUUCUUCUUCUUUUAUUAAAGUAGGUUAACCAUGAUGGUGUACUAUUGGAUAGAGAAACUGACAAAGUCUUGUUGGACAAAGCAACUGCAGAUCUCCACAAAGUAUUUGUAGUGUCGCUCUAUAGCUGCGUAACAGCAACACAAAUGUGGGUAAGAGCAUGUAAGGUACUUACACUAUGUUCAUUCUUACACCUCUUGCUCACUCAUUCUUUCUCUGUGUCUACUAUCUCUGUCUAAGCUGUGCUGUUUCCUCUCCACCAGAUAAUCUAAAUCUUCCUAACCUCUGUCUGCCUUCUUAUUCUGCUUCUCUCUCUCUCUCUCUCUCUCUCUCUCUCUCUCUCUC